CCCGGCGACAACCGGAGCAGCGCCGGCGGCGGCAGCCCGCCUCCCCUCAGCAACUUCAGACCCGGCCGGGAGGAUGUCAUGGUAGGAGACGACCCCUACAACCCCUACAAGUACACGGACGACAACCCCUAUUACAACUACUACGACACCUACGAGAGGCCGCGCCAGGGCAGCAGGUACAGACCCGGCUACGGCACCGGCUACUUCCAGUAUGGUCUCCCUGACUUAGUCCCGGAUCCCUAUUACAUCCAGGCGUCCACAUACGUCCAGAGGAUGUCUAUGUAUAACUUGAGAUGUGCAGCUGAGGAGAAUUGCCUGGCAAGUUCAGCUUAUCGAGCAGAUGUUAGAGACUACGAUAAUCGAGUGCUCCUGAGAUUCCCCCAAAGAGUGAAAAAUCAAGGCACAUCAGAUUUCCUACCAAGCAGACCCCGAUAUUCAUGGGAGUGGCACAGCUGUCACCAACAUUAUCACAGCAUGGAUGAAUUCAGCCACUAUGACUUGCUUGAUGCAAGUUCACAUAGAAAAGUUGCUGAAGGACACAAAGCAAGUUUCUGUCUGGAAGAUACCUCCUGUGAUUAUGGCUACUACAGGCGAUAUGCAUGUACUGCACAUACGCAGGGACUGAGCCCUGGCUGCUAUGACACUUACAAUGCUGAUAUAGAUUGCCAGUGGAUUGAUAUUACAGAUGUAAAACCUGGAAAUUACAUUCUGAAGGUUAGCGUAAACCCCAGCUAUUUGGUACCUGAGUCUGAUUACUCCAACAAUAUAGUACGCUGCGAUAUACGCUAUACUGGCCACCAUGCAUAUGCCUCUGGCUGUACAAUUUCACCAUACUAAGAAAGAAGCAAGAAAAUGGAUGAGCAAUGCCAAGUGUUUUGAACUGAAGUAUCAUUAUAUAAACUUCAACAGGAUGUAAACACUAUAGAAACAAAACUACAGAACAUACAUGCAUACACCCACACACCUUAUGUGAUUUUUGAAGCACUUCAGAUGCUUCUCAACAAAAUCUGUAACUGGAGUUUAAGCAUUUAAAUUGGGAUUCCUUUUUAAACUAUUGAAAUGUGUGGAACUGGUGAUUCAUGCACAAUUUUUUGUUUUUUAUAUUUUGAAAAUCUAACUCAUUCAUAGAAACGUGAGCAUUUCUUAACUCCUGAAAAUUUGGAGGUCAACUGAUAAUAGACUUCAGUCAGACUAUUACUGGUGAAUGAGUUGAACAUAUUCUAAAAAGGUAGCAAAACUUUAUGUAAAAUACAUUAAAUAAAAUGUGAUAGAAUGUAAAAUGCCAGCUAUCUCAGAAAAUAACAGAAUGAAAAUCUGAGAGUAAUGCUACAAUGCCAUUAAAGUAAAACUCACUAGGAUACAUUGAUAUGAAUGAGAAAAGUAUGUUCAGUUUUCAAGGGAUAUUAAAAUAUAGCAGAGAAAUACAUAUCCAUUAGUUAUUCCCCUGUGAGAAAAGUUGUGUUUACAUUUUUAAUACAUUAGAAGUUCUACUUUUUUUUAAUCGAACACAGAUGGGUUUUUGAAAGAAGCCUUUUUAUCUUUGACAAUCGAAUUAAAAAAUAACUGAUCCACCUUUUUAUGUUGAAAUUUUCAGAUUUUCAAGGUGGGGCUUUUAAAAAGAUUUCUGCACACAUACUGGCAAUCAAAAUAAAUACCUGUCAAGAAGAAAUGGGGCUCUUGGAAGAGAUGAAGAAGAGUCCUUGAUGUAGUCAUCUCUGGAAAAGUAACCAACUUGAACAGGUUAACCAUUAAAAUAAUGCAGGCAAUUAACUCAGGUGGCACCACAACAGAAGUAGGUCAGUCUCUAACAUGGAAUUAUUCUUGUGAAAAAGCCUACUACCUGCUUUCCCCUUAAGUACUGUACUUGACUUAAAAUGUGUAUCUCAGCAUUCAAACAAUGAAGUGGAAAAUAUAGUAUAUAUAGAGGGAGAAAAAAAGUGAAUAUAUUUAACAUAUCCUACUUCAGGCAGUUCAGGAAUCGAAUACAACAUUGUUCAGGGGAAAAACUUCAGCCCAAAUUACCUACUGGUGCUGGAUAUACCACCCCACCCUCCUCCCCCAAAUUAUUUUGCUUUUGUAGUGCACCCUGCUGUAAGCUAAAGUAGCUGUGAUUUUGUUCUUAAACUGUGAAAUAACUUAUCACAAGAAGAUCUGGUGUUUUUUUCAGAUGAUCACAGAUCAUGUAAAAUUAAGAAUUUACUUUUGAAACAAAGUGGCUUAAAAGUAAUUGAUACUUGUUGUUUAAUUGGUAGUUCAAAACAGCAAAUUAAACAUCAAAGCUCAAUUUUUUUUUUUGAAAAAUGUGCAUUGAUUAUAGUUAAAAAUCUGAGAAAUAUGGAGAGGCUUUGUUAUCACUUCUGAGAAUACUUUGUCUAAAGUAUUUCAUGCGAUACAAAUUUAAUUUGGAAGUUUUAUGAAUUACAAUGUCUUUGAAGGAUCAACUUGUUCUUUACAAUGUAUAUUUAAGUUUAUUUCAUGAUUAUUAAGUAUUUCCAUCUCAGUUAUAACUAUGCUACAAACUUGCACAACUAGAAAGUGUACCUAAAGAAACAGAAUGUAAGAAUCAGCAACUCAGUGCUUACUGCCCAAGAUUAGAUGUGGGUUCAGAAUGGAUACAGCUUACACCUGCAAAGCCCCUCUUGUUCAUUCAGAGAUCCAGUUUAGUAAUCGAACAUCAGUAUGGGCACUUAACAGAAGUGAAAUUUGAAAACUGGAUGAGAAACCCAUUUGUUAUAUGCAGCUGCAAAAUGAGGGUUUGUUAGGAGUUUAAACUUCUGAAAUCUCAGCCCAAAGGCUUUUUAAUAAGAUAAAAAGGUUUGCGGGAUGAAAGUGCAUUUUCAUCCGUCACCUUUGUAGAAACUUAGGUCAAAGAUAGUGUGGAAGCUGGGCCACAGAUCCAGAAAUUACUGUAGUGCAAACCAGGCUGAGAGCAGAGACUGCUUCCUAAUAAGAGGUCACACAUGUUCACCUUGUGCCUGAUGGCAAGCAUGGGAUAAGAGAACACCGAGUGGCCAGAGAACAGCUAGCAGAAAUUGAGUUUACACCAGAGCUUACAAGGCAGUAACCUGUUCAUGUGCCUGUAAUCCAACUGCCUGCAGAAUGCCGCUGAAGUCGGUACAGACCAGAGGAGCACAAGCAGCUGCACAGGUGGAGCAAGUUCUUAGUGCUUUCAGUAGGAACAGCCUGAUGUGGGAAAGUGUUGGACACCAGUAGCUUUAGAAAAUUGUUGAGGCACAAUACAUGGGAGUAAGGUAAACCGCAUUACUGGGGGAGCUCUGUUCCAGGUGAAUGGCAUCUACUGCCUGUUCAUGGACUAGCAUUUGUGGGCUGUUGUAGCUACAAAGAUGUUCUUUUCCUUAGCAAGCUAUUGUACAGAUUUUUGAACGGUGUGCUAAGCAGCCUGGCACUGCUGUACAAACUAGCACAAAAAUUGCUUAAGGUAACAGGGACCACCUAUUCAAAAGGUAAGAACCAGGAGUUUUAACAUUUUAAAUGCAGAAAUGUGUCUUUAACUUCCCCUAUUGAGCUAUAAUAAAUGCAGAAAAAGUUGAGCUAAUUAUAUAGCACAGGAGGAAGCAUUUCUAAAUAGGGGACUGCCAACCAGUAUUUCCAAUAAUUUGGCUCUGCAGUUUUGACCCAGACACCUUAACCUACUUUUUUCAUACUGGAAUCAUAUUUAAGAGAUUACUUGCAUUUUUGCUGAAAAACAUUUAUAAAAAUGGUUUUGAUCAAAGUGUGUUUUAUAAAUACUACUUUGAAAUCCUUUUUAGCAGGCAUAGGGCUUGUUCCUAUUGUCUAUGAAACGGGUCUUGCCAUUAGUCUAAGUGGGAGCAAUAACAGACUUAAAUUUUGUGAAAAUUCUAGUUCAAAAUUGAUGUUACAGUCUCUGAUUUCCUUGAAAGGCCAAACUGUUAACAAUGUGCGUGAAGCCGUUACCUCCCACAUUUCAGAUCUUUAGAUUAAAAAAAAAAUGCACAUAAGGAAUACUCUGAACACCAGACUCAUUACAGAAGGGCUUUUUAAUAUUUUUUUAAAUCCUGAGAUACACUUGAUAUUUGCAUAUUUCUAGACAAAAGUGUAACAAAAAUGACAGAUUGGUCACUAAUUGAACCAACAUAUUGUGUAGAUGAUGUUUUUAUGUUAGUAAAAGCCUAUUCAUUUUCUCUCUGCUCCAGAGUUUACUAUGCAGCAUUGAAAGGGUGCAAAGACCAAGGGUACCCUCUUAGUCAUUCAUACAUGGUUUAUAUUGUACUUACUCAGACCAGCAGCGCAAAUUUCAUAAAUGAGACAUUGAAAGAUGGUUUAUCCUGUGUCUCAUAUUUUUGCCAAUAUGGCAUUUUCAUAUUCUCCAAAUUCUAGAAGGUGCUGAAAUAUUUUAACUUGAAUUAAAACUGAAGAGUAUGCUAUUGGGAGGUUUUUAUUAUGCGACUAAAUGCUACAGAUACAGUGAAAUGCCACUUGUUUUUUGCAACUUUUUGAAGGGUUUUCAUUAUUUCCUUCACUUCUCUUCCAAGAGUCUUAAUUUCAAAACCUUUUCAUCUCUAUCUGAAGAGCUCUUAUUUAUAAUACUCAGACACUAGCUUUGUAUUCUUCAUUGCACUUUCAUAUUCUUGUGUUACAUGCCCGUAUUAUGGUUGCAAGUUUAUGUGAAAAUGACUUGAAUAAAAUGUUUCAAGCGUUCAA